AUGUCCGUGCGAGGGUUGGCAGGACCCUCCCCAAGGUGUCUUACCACCAUUUUGAAGGCGUUGGCGAUGAGAUGGCUCCAGGUGUGUCAUGGCGGCCGGGGGAAAGCCCCGCUCCUCAGGCUGGGAGUCUGGGCAGCAUUGGUGGCAUGUCUCCUCCCCAGGGCGGGCAGCCAUCAUCCACCACUGGGCUACGCUGUCCAUGAGAUAGUCCGGCCUAGGAAACUGGCCCCCAGGGCGGGAAAAGCUGCGGGGGAAGAAGUGUCCUACAUCCUCAGGGUAGAGGGGGAGAACCGCGUCAUCCACCUCACGCAGAAGAGAGGACUUCUGGUGAAAAACCUGCCGGUCAUCACAUACAGCCCCAGGGGGGCAAGAGUGGUGGAGCAGCCCCAUAUCCCCAAGGAGUGCUUCUACCUGGGCUACGUGGAAGGCAGCCCCGGCUCCCUCGCCACGCUGAGCACCUGCUCGGGUUUGCGGGGGCAGCUGGAAAUCGGGAACCUGAGCUACGGCAUUGAACCUGUGCCGGGGUCCCUCACCUUCCAGCACCUUCUCUAUCGGCGAGAGAAGACCCAGAACAAGCCCUUGAUGUGCGGAUUGACGGAUGAGGUGAUCCAAAACCAGCCGGGUGGGAUGGCAGCUAAAACAGCCUUAGGAAAGCAUGACCUGUCUCAGAGACUGAAGCACACCGUGUACGUUGAGAUAUUUGUCGUGGUGGACCACUAUCUGUUUUCCUUCCAAGGGAGCAAUGAGACCUCUGUGAUGCUUCUGGUUACAGAUACGAUCAAUUUAUCUGAAACAUACUACUAUCCUCUGAACAUUCGCAUCUGCCUGAUUGGGCUGGAGAUCUGGACGCACAGCAACUUCAUCAAGUACAGCCAGGAUAUAAAAGAAGUUCUUAAAAAUUUUAAUGACUGGGGAAAUAGGGAUCUUUCUCAGAGGACGAAAUACGACAUUGCACAUUUAUUUACUUACAUGGACUUUGGACUAAUUGUUGGGCUGGCGUAUGUAGGUAGCAUCUGCCACCCCGGUUAUCAAUCAGGUGUUGCCUCACAUAUACGGAGAGAUUUCAUAACCUUUUCAAUUAUUUUUACUCAUGAGCUGGGUCACAACCUGGGGAUGGAGCACGACGAAAAGGAGUGUGUGUGCGGAGAAGCCACCAAGUGCUACAUGACGGGAGACUCGCUCGACGGUGCCAAGGCUUUCAGCAACUGCAGCCGGCAGAGCUAUUUAGACCUGAUCGGCAGAGGGGAUGGCGACUGCUUGCACAACAUCCCAGAGCCCCACAGACUCUUCUAUUUUAAGCAUUGUGGCAACAAGGUGAUCGAUGAGGGAGAGCAAUGUGACUGUGGGGGGCUGCAGGACUGCCGAGGCAAUCCCUGCUGUCACCAGAACUGCAGGCUGAAGCCAGGGGCCGUCUGCUCCAUCGGGCAAUGCUGUCAGAAAUGCCACCUUCGUGCUGCAGGACACAAGUGCAGGUCAGAGGCGGACGAGUGCGACUUGCCUGAAUAUUGCAAUGGGACUUCCGAGUGGUGCCCGGAGGAUUUGCAUGUGCACGACGGGACGCCAUGCAGUGAUGACGGCUACUGCUACCGCGGGAAAUGCGCAACCUAUGACAACCUGUGCCGAAAAGUCUUUGGGAAGGAAGCUCGGGGUGCUCCAGAAAGCUGCUUCAAAAAGCAGAACAUAAAAGGGGAUCGAUUUGGCAACUGUGGCGGCGAUGGGAGCAAAGUUGCUUUUGUGGGAUGUAAACCCCAAAACGCUCUGUGUGGAAGGCUGCAGUGUGCCAAUGUGAAGAGGAUACCCAUUCUGGAGGGGUCUGAAACCAUCAUUCAGAUGCCAGGGCCUGAGGAUUGGUGCUGGGGCACAGCCUACCAUGCCAGUAUCGAUACUCCUGAUAUCGGAGGAGGGCUUGAUGGCACCAGAUGUGGGCCAAAAAAGAUCUGUAUUAACAAGACAUGCACAGAUGCCAUGGUCAGGACGAAGUGCAAUGGGAAUGUUUUGUGCAGGGGGAAAGGGGUUUGCAACAACCUCGAACACUGCCACUGUGAAGCUGGCUGGGCUCCUCCGGACUGCCAGUUCCACGGCCUGGGAGGGAGUAUGGACAGCGGCCCUCCACCACCUCUCAUGAUGUCCAUGGUGGAGGUUGUCCAAAAUAAAGUGUUUGGGGCAGUAAUUGGGAUCACAGUUCCCAUUGCCCUUGUUCUGAUUGCUCUCCUCAUCGCUGUAACCAAAUACAGAAAGGCAAUAGCUGCGUUUUUCAGUACAAGUUUAGCCACAGAGAGAAGUGAGACUCCUGCAGAUGAGGAGCCGAGUAUGGAAGAAGAAGAAGAUGUUUAA